UUAUAAUUAGAGCGCGCGCAGCAGCACUGAUUGCACGCAGCGCGCGUAAAUUCACAGUGAAACGCUUGAAUCCAGUCAAUGCUUUAAUGAAGAGAGUGCAUCGAGAUGACUAACCAAUGCAACUACACCGUUGAGUCUGACAACACCGAGGGUCAAGAGAAGAAAGCUGUGGCGAAGAGAGGCGUUGUUUCAUCCAUCCUCUGUCGGAUUUCACAGUUUUGGCCAGUCAGUUUUACUAUGCGGGCUCUACGUGGUUUGUGGUGGUUGUUUGGGUUUUCUGCACCAGUGAAGGCCAUCUCUCCAUCAUCUGAAGAAAAACGAGGUUCCCCUAAAGAGCGACAGUGCAGAACGGUCCGAAAGCGUCUCCGCAGGGCUACCCGGCUGCUGUUGGCCAUCCUGCCCCGACGCAUCCAGAGUGCUCUGGGUUAUCCGGUCUGCACCAGCAUUGGCUGUGCUGUGUCCCCAGAGGUGCGCUGUUCUCCGACCAAACCCUGUGGCAAAGGCAGUAAGAGAAAGCAGGAUGACCUGGAUGAGGAAGAGGAGGUAGAGCAGCAGUCGUGGGUUGAAGCACUUACUCAAGAGCUGGCGGAGGAAGAUCAUGCAGUUGAUCCAGACUAUGAGCCCAGUGCGGUUGAGACGGACAGUGAGGAAUAUCGGUCACACAAUGACACCGAGAGUGAUUUGGAAAUCGAGAAGGGUGUCGUGGUGAUCAAAGACUUGGACACGGCUGUUUCUCCGGAGGCCUAAUGAUGGCAGUGUACACUAAGACUGUUGUGCAACAUCAAGGGAGUGUUGUGUUCAUUUUCAUUCUGUGCCAUUGCUAGUUGAAUCUCUUCCCAGUUUGCUUGUUUUUGUAUGUUCUAAUAUUAAACUACCAAAUAAAAGUAUUUGUUUAUAGUA